AUGGCGAUCAAUAUUGACGGCUACAAUGACAAAAAAGAACUACAACUAAGGAGUACCAUACUACGGACUAGACCCCAUAUAGUCAUACUUUCCGAGACCUGUGCCAACUUGCACCGCACUAUAUACGAUGGCCAAUACACGCUAAUAGGAACCUCCGGAUCAGCGGACGGUGUCGCAGUCAUGAUCCGGCAGGACGUGCAAUACACUAUAACCUCGAAGACCACUAGGACUAUCGUUCUCCGACUAGACAACCUAGUUACCUGCAUAGGAACUUAUGCGCCCACGGAGCAGACUGCGGAAAGAACGAAGGCACAAUACUGGGAGAACCUUGCCAAGCACAUUCCGACUAACCAUCCAUUGCUGAUUGCGGGAGAUCUUAACGCUGGCCACGAACCGACUGAAUCCCGAGUCAUAAAAGGCAUUGCAAACUAUACUCGACUCCAAAGAUUAACACGCGAAUUUAAGCUAAACAUUCUACCCACCACACCCACAUGGAUCUCCAAGAGAUCCAAGGACCAAAAACCAAGCCGAACCCUGGACCGUAUACUGACAAACACGGCCUAUACUAGCAACCAUAUAACUCUUGACUGGGAGAACGCACCAGCUGACCACGCAAUCCUUACCUAUAAAUGGACCAUAACCUCAAUUGGAUACGACCAAGGCCGACCGAGGAAUUUGCCAAGCGGCCGCGACGCACAGGAACCCAUCACUCAAGCAUGGGAGAAGUUCAAGAUGCAGCUAAAACUACAAUUCCGGAAACAGGAAAAAACAAAUGAGCCCAGGAAGCAGGACGCGAACCACAGACUAUGGGAGCUCUACAGGAAGCAGACGGGCCAAGAAGGACUCACCCUGGUGAAUGAGGAUGGGGAAGACCUUGACCCUGGGCAGGCCAGACACCAACUACGGCAGAUGCUACACAACCGGUGGAGCACUACCGACCGUCCACCCAUACCACAGAAAAGAGAAUCCAAGGUAUACAUGGACCAGCCUCCCGAUACUACGGAACUCGCCGCUGCAAUAAAAGCAGUCAACAAGAAAGCAGCUACUGGGCUGGACGGAAUACCCGCCAGGCGGAUCAACCACAUCCCACUCGAAGACCUCUACCAAUUUGUGGAACAAGUAUGGGCUAGCAGUAAACUGCCGCGGCAACUAGUUGACAUGAAAGUGAAACCAAUACCUAAAGUAUUACCACGGACCACCGUGGAUAACACCAGACCAAUCACUAUACCAUCGACCAUAAUGAAGAUCAUUAACCAAGUUAUACUGCACCAUAUAACACCAUACAUAGAACCACACCUCCUACCACAACAGCAUGCUUACCGGAAAGGGAGGGGCCCCGCGACGGCGGUAACUGAACUUUUCGCUAAGUUCAACAGACCCGGCCAGACCCUACUACUAUUAGACCUAUCGAAGGCGUUCGACACAGUUGACCAUAAAGCCCUGUUCUCAACAUUAAGAAACACUGAGGUACCCAGCAAGGAAUACAACCUAAUCCGAGACCAAUAUCUAGAUGCGGAAGUGUUGGUGCAGUGGGCCAAACGAUUCGCCGCACCUUUCACACUCACUAACGGAAUCAGACAGGGAUGUACUCUUAGCACUACCCUCUUCAACUUGGUGGAAGCCGAGCGAGAAAGGAAAUGCAGGACCAAGAUGAACGAAAUACGAUAUGACGUCAUCAUGUAUGCGGACGAUAAGGCUGUCAUACUGGACGACGACCACCAUACCCAGAGAAUGCUCGCAGUCAACCAGCAGACAGCGAAGGAGUACGGGAUGUACCAGAACAAUGCCAAGACAACCCAACUAAAAUUAAACAGAGACACCAAGGAGAUACAAACGGUUAAAUGGAUGGGUAUCCUCCUGGACAACAAGCUGAACAUGAGCCAGGAGAUAGAUCGCAGGAUAGAGAAGGCCCGGAAAGCGGCAGCAGACUACAACAAGACCAUCAAGAACAUACCACCAUCUAUGCUACCUGUGGCGCUAAAAGUGCGCGGAGCCUGUGCGAUUAUACUACCGCACCUCUUCUAUUUAUGGAGGGAGAUACCUUUCACCCCACCGCAAAGAGAUACCCUAGCAGACGUCGCCACACAACUACUGGCUAAGAUGUUCAACAAUACCAGUGGUGUUACGGCCACCUCGAUUCAGAGACAUGUAAACAACAUCACUAAAGGACUGACGCCAAGGAUCAAGCAGCUGGCAUCUCUAGACGUACUGAUGCCAAAGGAUACAGAGAUGGAUACGG